AUGCUGGGCGUGGAGACCCUGGAAGAGGCGUUCAUCCAAGCAGCCAAGAGACUUGGCAUCAGUGUCCUUUGGAUCUCUGAUAAGAAGAGGAAGGAACAGUUAAUCACCUCCACGUUUGACUUCAACGGUGGUGAGCCAGGACAGGAGAUCGAGAAAGGAGUUUUCCAGGUUGACUAUGCACCGUUUGACUACCUUCUCCCAAAGGUGAGCUUGGUUGUUUGCCAUGGUGGUGCUGGAACCGUCUUCCGUGCGAUUGGAUCAGGUGUGCCUGUCGUUAUUUGCCCGGUGAUUACGCCCAUCAUUGCCGACCAGAUGCUGCAUGCGCAGUGGGCGGAGCGGAAAGGCUUUGGUGCCUUUUUGCGGCCUUUGGAGCCAACCAUUCAGGAGUGUGAAGAGGCCUUGCAGAAGGCCUUGGCCUGCAAAGGCACCUGUGAUGCAGCAGCGGCCAAGGUCAAGCAGGAGGACGGGGCAAAAGCUGCUGCUGCCGCCAUCGAGCAGUUGGCAGAGAAAGAUGACACAAAACCUCAGAGCGGCUGCUGUGCUGGGAUCUGCAAGCUCUUCAGGCUGGUGGCCUUUUUGGGUCUGAUCCCGGCACUUCAUCUUGGGCGCCAGCGGAGAUGUAGGCCUGGACGUCGUGCUGCAAAGCAGGCGGUGGAAGUCGCGGAAGAGGCCACAAGCAAGCCGCGAUGGCAGGCCAAGCGCCUGGCGAAGCCUACCGCUGCUCAGAGAAAAUGGGGUGGCAUGGGUUUCGACGUUCGAGGAGAUGGCCUAGCCCUGCGUCCAAAGCCAUUGAAGAAGGAGCAGGCGACAAAGGUCAAAUGGAAGCCAAAACGAGAGAGUUGGCAAGCUUGGGUCACGGAUGACGAAAGCGAAGCCUUUGGCCCGUUGCUUGUGGGGCAUGAGGUGGAAGUUUUUUGGCAAAAAUACAGAUCGUCGGCCGAGAGCUGGGUGCAAGGAGUCGUGAUGAAUGUGGGCACCGAAGAGGAUGUUUCACAGGCAAAGAUCGCGCUGACGAACGGCAAAAGCACAAUAGUGACCCUGGGGCGCGGCUUGCUGCGGCGGCGGGAGGAUGCAGCUGAGUUGUUGGAAGGAAAGGAUGCCACCCAGAUGGCAAAGCUGCGCGCCCAAAAUGAGCCGAAGGAGCUGAUGAGGUUUGGGCUGAAGCAGACGACCGUGAGUGGUCGUUCGCAGGACGGUGAGGCAGAUUCCUCCCUCGCAGAC